CAGAUGAGGCCGGGGGAGAACGUCAUCUCGGUCCAAUCUGCGCGCGCUGGGGUGACAUAAUGGAAAUUUUUUUUCGGGCGAGCGAGAAAAACUUGCAAAUGUUUUAUUUUCCGCCCAUCCUGAACCCGGGAAGGCUGCGGGGCUGAGAAGCGCUCACACCACGAUCUAAAGCGAGAGACGGGGAACGUAAGGAGUUACGUGAGAAAACGAGUGGGUUUUUUUUGUAUUUUUUUCGGGGUUUUAACGUGUUUUGGGCUGUUUUACUGACUCUUACCUAAAGCUGGGAUACGUGGCUACUCAGAUGGACGGCUGUUUAGCGCACAGGCUCAUUUUACCCCCUCUUAGGGAGUAGAAUGGGCAACCACAACAAACCCAACGCUACCUAACCUUCUACUACUAGACCCUGAAGAAGUGGUUAACAGGUAAAAACAGCAGAAAAAGAGAAACACCCCAAAAGAGACUCUCACCACCAUCAACACCACCUUCACCACUUCAUCCACACCUCCACCACAGAGGCAUGAUGAAGAAGGAACUAAGCCUAAACCUGAACGAGCAGAGCGCCGCCUCCGAGCUCAAGCCGGAGCUGAGGGACGGCGAGGCCAUGCUUGCCUCAGCCGAGCUGGGUCUUCUCAAGCUGGCCACCCCGGAGCUGGAGAGGCUCAUAGCCCAGUCAACGACUCCCGCCGCCUCCGCGCAGUUCUCCUCCUACCCCAAGUCCGUCAGCGACGAGCAGGAGUUCGCCGAGGGCUUCGUCAAAGCCCUGGAGGACCUUCACAAGCAGAACCAGCUGAACGGAGGGGCGGCCGGAGCGCUGGGCGGCCGGCUUCUAGCGAGCCACGCCGGCUUGGCUCUACCCACAGACCUUCCCGUGUACACGAACUUGAGCACGUACAGCACCACGGUGAACUACAGCACGGAUACCAUCCCUUUCCCACCACCUCCUCCACCUCCACCUCCUCCACAGCAGCAGCAGCCAGCACCACAGCAGGCUCCCACCUCAGCCGAGCAGCACUCGCGGCUCCAGCCCCUCAAGGACGAGCCCCAGACCGUCCCCGACGUCCAGUGCUUCGGCGACAGCCCCCCGCUCUCGCCCAUCGACAUGGACACGCAGGAGCGCAUCAAGGCCGAGCGCAAGAAGCUGCGCAACCGCAUCGCCGCCUCCAAGUGCCGCAAGCGCAAGCUGGAGCGCAUCUCGCGGCUGGAGGACAAGGUGAAGUCCCUCAAGAGCCAGAACACGGAGCUCGCCUCCACUGCCAGCGUGCUGAGGGAGCAGGUGGCGCAGCUCAAGCAGAGGGUCCUCAACCAUGUCAACAACGGGUGCCAGCUGCUGCCCAGCCAGGUGCAGGCCUACUGAGAUACUGAGAUAGAGGAGGAGGAACUCUGGGAGAGACCUUUCUAUCUAUCUGUCUAUCUAUCUACCCUCUCUACUCCUCUUUCUCUUUAUUUUCUGAUCCCUACUCCUCACACUAUGGUGCCCUGCUGCUGACAUGCAGUGAAAAUGAAACUAGGUCGUGGCCACGACUUGAUCCCAUGUCAUGUUCAUGUUUAUGUUCAAGCUGUAUGAGCUGUAAGGCAUAGGAACUUGAUUGUUAAGUAUUGACCACAAUUUAAUAAGGCGUGGAAACAAGAGAGUUAAGUCGUGGCCAUAGCUUUCUAAGGUGUGGGACAAGAUGAUAAUAAUUAAGUAAUUGCCACAAGUUAGUUAAGUGUGGGAAGGACAAAAUAGAGUUGUGACCACAGCUUACAAAAUAAUUAAGUUGCUGCCUCAAUUUACUAAGAUGACUUAAUUAAGUAAAAUAUGGGAACAGGAUCCUAUACUGUGUCCACAACUUAAUAUGGUAUGGGAAAAGAAAAAUAAGAGUAUUGCUAUUCAUUUUGUUUUUUAUAAAUGUGGGAACAAGAAAACUCCAAAAAGUCAUGACCAUGAUUUAGUAAGUUGUGGGAACCAAGUAAUUAAGUCAUGGCCUCUACCUAAUAAGGUGUGGGAACAAGAUAAUUAAGUUGUGGCCACAAGGUAGUGAAACAAUGGAGACAUGAUGAGUCAUUAAGUCAUGGCCUUGGCUUGGAAAAAAGUGGGAACAUGAUAAUUAAGCUGUAUUUACAAGCUAAUACGCAUAACAUAAUGAAGUUGCGGCCAUGACUUAUAAUAACAAGAUCUUGUUCCUAUGUGGACACAGCUUAUUUUUACUUACGUUGGCUUUCCGCAGCAGGGCUCCAUAUCUCCUCCUCCAGCAGAAGAACAUAGACUUUAUGAACUUUACGGAGCUACGGCAAAACACCAAAAAUAAGGGGACAUCACCAAGGGUGGGUUCAGGUAUAAUAAUGGAAAGGUCCAUCAGGUCACAUGGGACAGUGCUUUGGUAUGGUAUAGUAUGUAUAAGAUAAGUAUAUUGUACAUUCCUGAAAAGCUUAAAUAGAACUAAAAAGCUGGUUUACAGCUUUUUAAAUACUCAAGGCUAAGAGGUUUUCAGUAUUUAAGCUGUAUUUAACUGUUUCUUCCUUAAAAACUCUAAAAUAGCUCUCAAUUUGAGGGAACAAGUCCUAGGCCAAGAAUGUUGAAACCGGUUUUCACCUAAAAUGACAUUUCUAAUCAAAUCUACUCAUUCAGAACAUCUGGAUCAGUAAACAUCAGCUGAAACUGGAAUAAACAAAAGUGUUGUCCUACUAAAGUGUCCUCCCAUGUUACCAGAAGGCCCAGCGUACCCAAUCCACCCUCUUUUGGUGCUGAUGUAUAAAGACAGAGAUGUUUUCAAUAUGUUUACACCGUUUUGUAGCAAAUGGACUUCUCUAAGGGACUGUCUGAAAGAACACUACUACUACUACUACAUUUGGUUCUCAAGCCUGUUUUAGGCCUAUUUGGGACAAUUUGGGACUAUUUUGGACUGUUUGGGACAAGAGGAGAAGACUAAACGCAGCAGUGUUUUGCAUGAUAACGAGACAAGCUCAGUGAGCGCAACCAAACACAGAUUGUCAUGCAUGCACUCUUCAUGUGUAAAGCCUUAUUUGUCUACGAGCACUUAUUACCCGAUGACCUUAUCUAUUUUGUAUACAGCUUUUCACACAAUGUCUUAUCUUCCUUGUUUUGUUAUUAUUUUUGCUAUUGUGAAUUGUUUGCUGUUAUGAAAUAUGUUUGUUUUUUUGUUAUGGACUCGCGUGUCGAAAGUGUUUCCCUUUUGAAUACGUCACAUGUCUAUAUGUAUUGCCUUUUUAAAUGGAAUACUGUGUAAUAAAAGUGUUAUUACAUUUGCUCA